UCCGUGCCCGGAAGCGGCGCUGCGGGCCGAGCCGGCGUUGAGGGGCUUGCCCGCCAUGGAGGCGCCGCGGCCGCUGCUGCUCGUGGGGCUCCUGCUGCUCCUGGGGUUCCGCGCGGCGGCAGAGACCUCGCAAACGCAUGACAGCAAAUCUUCCACAGUGCCUGCGGCAGCCGAGACACCUGGAGAAGCUCACAAUCAAGAGGACGGGAACCUGUCCCCAGAGAACAAAAGCGAGCAGAAGAAUAAAGACAAGAAUGGCAACUCCCAAACAAGCGUGAGCAGCGGGACCAGUGUGGAUGAUGAGCAGAAGAAAAAGGAGAAGCAGAAAGACAGCACUCUGACUGGAAAUGGCAGCAAAGAGGAGGAGGGGAAAAACGAGUCACAGAAAAGCAGCAGCACAGGGUCUGCUCAGAAUGGCCAAGGUGCAGAUAAGACUGGCGAAAGCAGCAAUGGAGGAGGCGGGGGACAGGGAGAAGAAAACCAGAACAGCAACAGUGGUAGCCUAGGCAACACAGGCAGCGAUGGCCAGAGCGGUACAGGGACCAGCACUGGUGGCCAGAGUGGAACAGGGACCAACACUAAUGGCCAGGGCAAUACAGGGACCAGCACUGAUGGCCAGGGCAAUACAGGGACCAGCACUGGUGGCCAGGGCAAUACAGGGACCAGCACUGGUGGUCAGAGCAACCCAAGCAGUGGCACUAGUGGCCAGGGCAGUACAGACACCGGCACUGGUGGCCAGACUGACAGCCACAACGCCAACAAUGAGCAGAGCACAGACCAGAAUGGCAACCAGCCAGACAACCCCGGGAAGGAGGGCACUAAGGAGAACGACAGUGAGAAGAACAAGGCUGACACCAGCAAGAGCAGUGACAACAAGGGCAGUGAAAACACAAAUGACAGCAACAGUCAGAACAGCGCCAACAAUGACAAGCAAGAGGGCAGCAGUGACAAGAACAAGGCUGGCACCCAGGGCGGCGAGGCCAGCAAUGGGCACACGAAUGGGGGCACUGUCCAAGACAGCAGUGGUGGGCAGCAGGUCCAGACUGAGACCCAGGGCAGUGCUGGUGAGGGCCAAGGCACUGCUGGUGGUGAGCAGCCUCAGGGCCAGGACAAUCCAAAGAACUCCCAGGAGGACCAAAGCUCUGUGACACACUCUACUGUGGAGGGCGACAACUCUGUGCAAAAUGAAGAAAACACCGUGGAGGAUGUGGCUGAUGCUGAGGAUGGCAGGGACACCUCCUUGGAUCAGGACAGAGAGAAGAGUGUUCCUUCCCUGCCCAGGGCCCGCUCAGAGAGCAGCCACUUCUUUGCCUACCUGGUGACCACAGCCAUCAUUGUUGCAGCCCUGUACGUGGCCUACCACAACAAACGCAAGAUCAUUGCUUUUGCUCUGGAAGGAAAAAGAUCAAAAACUGGUCGACGGCCCAAAUCUGGUGAUUAUCAGAGACUGGAUCAAAAGAUCUAGAUUCCUCCUCAGAUGAUGACGGCCGCUGAUGGGAAUACAGUGCUGCCACAGUUGGAUUUCAGUCCACGGGAAGGAGGGAAAAUGCUUUUUGUUUUGCACCUGCACCUUGAUGAAACCUCUCACUUCCCCAAAUUGCUCCUUUCCCAGCUGCCUUGUUUUUCCCCUGGGUGUCUGGCUGCUGGAAAAGCUUGUCCCAGAACUGCACACCCAGAACUUCUGUGUCCCAAUGCAAUGGAAUUUGCCAUCUGCUGGACUGACCCCUCCUUCUUGGGGGGAAAUUAAGCAUCUGCUGCACAAUGAGCCAUGGGACUGUCCAUUGCCUGGGAAUGAAGCUGCCUUGGUCUACUUCUCCUUCUCCUCCAUCCUUUGGGUUUGGAUACUCAGGUUGGGAGCAUGUGGGUUCUCUUGCACUUGUUUGGAACUGAUCCACCAUAGAUACGGAUUUGGGUUUUCUCUCCCUGAUUAGUUUUCCAGUUUGACACCCAGAUUCUCUUGUUCAUACAUGCCUUUGGCCAUGCUGAAGCAGUUUCUGUGGUGUACCUCAAACCCUUCAUGCCCUGUGCAGUUCAGCUGUGUUUGCACUGGGGGUGUUGGUUGUGGUGUGGUGCUGUGGAGGAGGGGGUCAGGCUGGGGAAGCACCAUGCCCUGUCGGGGUCAGGAAUUCAGAUGGGAAGAUUGCUUCCUCUCCCUUGUCAAGUGUAGAAAAGAAGGAAUGUAAAUCCCUGAGGAGUUUGGGAUGAGUGAAGCUUCCAGUCCCUCCAGUUGUAAUGGACUGGUGCUGGUCAGACCAAGGGCUGCCAAAGGCAUUGGUGCCCCAGCUGGACCUGUGAGGUGGUUUUCAUUCCUGUAGUUCCUUUCCCCAGACGUUUGUUCAAGCUGGGAUUUUCUGGAGAGGGCACAAAGUACCUGCUUGGCUCCUGCUUUGGAUUUCCCCAGGCAAAAAAAAAAAAAAAAAAAAAGAAUUUGAGGAACCCAGAGCUCUUCACACGGGCACCCAGCUGCACCACUUCAGGUGCCAGGCAUGUGCCAGUCCCACACUUGCCGACUGACUGCAUGGGGAGAAUCCCAGGAUGAUUAAAUUCCCUCCUGUGGGGCUUUUUUCUGGCCUUCCCAGACUUGGGAAUAAUCAGCUCCUUGCCUGUGGUCGCCUUAGACAAGGGCAGAGCCAUUUUCUGGUCACUGUGAAAGCUGCAGCUCUAGUUUUGAUUUCCUAAUAGUUCAUUCCAAGAGAGGAAAGAGGGCUUGACCUUCUCCAAACCCUAAAAUCAUCCUUUCCCUUUUUGCUGGCUCUUGGCAAGCAUGAGGGACAUGAGAGUCCCUCUUGGCUUUAAAGAGUUCUCAGAGUUUCUCUAGGAAACAUCUAGGAUGCUAAAAGGAGUUCCAGGAGUUGUUUAGGAGAACAGGAGGGUGGAGGGAAGGAAAAGGGAAACAGGGCUGGGAAUGUCCUGCACCAGAGCUCCUGUGGGAUCAGCCAGGCUGGGGGGGCUGCUUUAGGGCAGGGUCAGGGAGGGGAGCACUCUCUCUUUUGGCUGGUGACAGCAGGGAGACAAACCCCAUUUCCAGUGUGUGGAAUUCUGUGUGCUCCUGGGUUGCUCCAGCCAGGCUUUUUUGGAGUGUGUGGGCUUUUUGAAGUGUGCUUGCUUUGUCCUGUUGGUUUGUUUGUUUUUGGUUGGUUUUUUUAAAUUGAAUGGUAAUUUAGAACUUUUUUUUUUUUUUCCUACUUAUUUUUCUAUCCUGGGAGCUGUUUCAAAUCCUCUCUUGCUCCAAGCUGUGGGAAUCCCACCCUGCUGCCAACAGGGGAGGGAAUAUUUUGGACCUCAAAACACCUCAAUCCCAGGCUGAGCCAAGCACAAGCUCCUUAGGAUAAUGAGGACACACCUCACAGCUCUGCAAAGCACUGGGUGUGGGAAGAGGCAGAUCUCACACCAGGCUGAGCUGGGGGGUUUUCCCCAAAAAUCUCCCUGCCAGCAUUUCCCGAGGCUGGUGUGUUCUACCAACAGUCUGGGCUGCCCAGAUCUCUGGGAAUUGCUCCCAGUUUGUUGAGUCUCAUGGUGUUUAUGUGAUGUGUCCCAAAGGGAUCAAGGUGCAGAGAACCUUUCCCUUUGGAUACACGUGCUUUCCAUGGAUGGUGUCUGUUGGUACAGAGGGUUUUUUUUUUUUUGCCAAAUACUUCUACUUUUUUGGGCUUGAACCAGCACAUGAUUUGUUUUCUGCUGCAGUGAAAUGCACCUUGCUUGGAAGGAUCAGAAUUUUUUACAGUUCUUUGUACCGUUUUUUUUUUUUAUUAUUUUCUGUGUGGUGAAAUCAGUAAAUGGAUUAAAAAAGAUCGAAGAAAGGUUGAAUUUUCA